AUACAUACUCAUCUUCAACUUUGGGCCUCGGUAUUCAACUGUGCCGCUGUCAGUUGUAAUAGGCAAUGCCCUCUUCACCGAGAUCUGAGAUCUGCGCCCAAAGGAUUCGAUGUCAUGACGAGUGUAGGUCACUAUUGUGAUGGUCUCAUGACCCUGUCCAACCUUGGUAUACAGUUGAGAUAUAACUCUGGUACCAUGGUUGCCUGCUCUGGACACAAUGUCAGGCAUGGUGUCACAUUUACCGGUGAUCACAUUGUGUGGACAUGGUUUAUACACGAUAGCCUUCACAAUUUUGUGGGGACACCUCAGCCACAGUAUGCG